UGUACGUGCUUAAAAACAUUAAUUUUAUUGAUUAACUGCCGAUUUACGAGCUGUGCGCACAUUUUUUCUCGGAACAAAAUGACAGUUGAAUUAAAAAAGUUUCUAUAUGGAUUGUUAAGCGAUAUAGAGGGUCUGCAUAGCAUAUUAAUUACGGACAGAGAUGGAGUACCCGUUGUAUCUGUAGCCGAUGAGAAGGCGCCGGAACUAGCUAUGAGAGCCAGUUUCUUAUCUACUUUUGGAAUGGCUACAGAUCAAGGAAGUAAACUGGGUCUUGGCAAAAACAAAACAAUUAUAUGCAUGUAUAGCAAUUAUCAGGUGAUCCAGAUGAAUAAAUUGCCACUGGUUAUCAGUUUUAUCACUAGUCACAAUUGUAACAUCGGCCAUGUAUUAUCAUUGGAAAAUAAGAUUGAUCCUAUUCUAAGUAGUUUAAAAAAUGCAGUGGUGGAAGCCUGAUGGUUACCUAUUGUCCAUUAUGGGUGAUAAAUGUUGAAUGUUAUAUCUGGAUAUUAAUCUGUGAACUGUUGCAAUAGUGUGAACAGUGACAGUGUUGUCAGACAAUUACUACUUGUUUUAGAAUAGUAUGUUUUUUCAUAUUUUUACUUAUCUGCACUUUUUCUAUAAUAUUGGAAGUGUGGUAUAAAAAGUAAUUUGUUAAUUAUUCAAGCAAACAUUAUGUUGGCAGUUUGGCAGCAAAUUACUGUCUUUUUGACAAGCGUCUGUUUUCAACAGGUUUUACUAGGAUAUAUGUUUUAAAACAAAAAUAUAUUAUAGAGGAAUAUUCUUAAGAGCUAAAGAUGAUAUUUUAAGUUGAAGUGUUUAUUUGUUUGGAAACAUUUAUACACAAUAACUUUUAUAAAAUCCACAAGAUAUUUGCUGUAAAUUUUCUUAUUUAUUAAAUACAUAUA